AGCCGCGGGAGGCCCCGGCGGCCCGGGCGCGGAGGGGGAGAGACGGUCCCAAGAUGGCGGCGCUGCAGGCGGAGCGCGGGUACGGGCUGUCCUGCGGCCGCCUCGGCCGCGGCACCCGCGUCUCCGUCUUCCACGUCAAGCUCACGGAGAGCGCCCUGCGCGCCUUCGAGAGCUACCAGGCCUGUAAGGAUUCUGUGACCUCAAAACCAGUAAUCCAGUUUCAAGGAAGCCAAGGGCACAUCGCAAUUCCGAGGCCUGAUCGCCCCGCGGAAGCGCGGAAUUUCACGUUUUAUCUUUCCAAUAUCGGCAAGGACAGCCCGCAGGGCAGUUUUGACUGCAUCCAGCAGUAUGUGUCUAGCAACGGCAAUAUCCACUUGGAUUGCCUGGGAAGCAUACAGGAUAAGAUCACCGUGUGUGCUACUGACGAUUCCUACCAGAAGGCAAGGCAAAGCAUGGCACAGGCAGAGGAGGAGACUCGCAGCCGGAGCGCUAUAGUCAUUAAACCUGGGGGGAGAUACGUAGGCAAAAAGGUUCAGGUGCGUAAACCUGCACCAGGAGCUUCCGAUGCUGUUCCCUCCAGGAAGCGCCCAACGCCAGUCAACCUUGCCAGUGCAAUAAAGAGAGGCAAUAGUGCGAUUUCUCAGAGACCCUUCAAAGAUAGGGUUGUGCACUUACUGGCACUAAAGCCUUAUAAGAAACCUGAACUUAUUCUCAGAUUGCAGAAGGAUGGACUUUCUCAGCAGGACAAGGAUUUGCUGGACAACCUUCUGCAACAGGUGGCAAAUUUGAGUGCCAAGGACAGCACUUUCACACUGAAAGAUUGCGUAUACAAAGAAGUGCAGAAGGACUGGCCUGGCUACUCUGAGGGAGACCAGCAGCUGCUGAAGAGGAUACUUGUUCGGAAACUCUGUCAGCCACAGAACAGCAGUGGCUUUCAAGGAGAAGCGCCUUCCCUGAGCCCACCCAAGGACAACGUGAACUCCAGCUCUCCUCCUCAGAAACGAUCCCAGCCCCUGGAGUUUAUCGAUCCCCUGGCCAACAAGAAGCCCAGGAUCUCGCACCUGGCUCACAGGCCUCAGCCCGCCUUCAACGGGAAGCUGAACUCCUCCAACGGCAAGGACGCCCCCGCCGCGGCGCUGCCGCCGGCCCUCCCGGAGUCGGUGAGCUCCAGCUCCAGCCUGCCCGUGCUGGAGCUGCCCAGGCCUCACGACCCCCUCGCGGAUGUCAGCAACGACCUGACUCACAACGGCAGAGACUGUGAGACCGCGGAGCAGGCCGACAGGCUGACUCACCCCUUGCCGACAGACUGUCCCCAAACGAGCAAGCACAAUUGCAGCUCGUACGUCAAAAGCAAGAAAAAAUCCAAAAAGCACAAAGACAAGGAAAAGGAGAGGAAGGAGAAGAAGGGCGAAGAGAAGUGCAAAGAGGAGAAGCAGGACUGUGAAGUAAUAAAAAAUGCUGACUUAGUUAGUGUGCCACAGGAUGUCACAGGUUUAAAUGGAACAUGCAAUAAUUCUAGUGUACCAACAUCAACUUCGGAAAUGCCAGAUUAUUUAUUAAAAUACGCAGCCAUUUCCUCUUCGGAGCAGCGUCAGAGUUACAAAAACGACUUCAACGCGGAGUACAACGAGUACAGAGACCUGCACGCUCGGAUAGAGAGGAUAACCCGGCGGUUUACGCAGUUAGACUCCAAGCUGAAGCAACUUUUGCAGGGCUCUGAAGAAUACAAGACCAUCCAUGAUCAAAUAUUACAGGAAUACCGGAAAAUUAAAAAGACUAACCCCAAUUACAGCCAAGAGAAGAACCGCUGCGAAUACCUCCACAACAAACUGGCUCACAUUAAAAAACUGAUAGCAGAGUAUGACCAACAGCAGUUCUAGCUGGCGCUGAUCUGGACUGGGUAGGGCAAAAGUCACCUGGACGUUACGUUCCCUUUUAUACAACUAGAUUCCUUUCAGAGAUGAGCAUUAAAUUCUUCUUGGUGGAAGAACUUGGGAAUUUCUUACAGUGGCGAGUCUCUUGUGUCCGCGUCUGCGCCAGGUAGCACGCCAGCGCCUGGCACGGUCCUCUCGAGUUGUAGCCUCUCUGAAUGUCGGGAUGUAACAAACGAAACUCUGCUUGUUUGAAGCCAGCGAUUGACACUUAAGGGAAAAAACUUGCCUAAAGUGACCGAAGCUCCCAAAGGUUAAGAAUCGGUAGUUUUCAUGGAUUAAAAGUUUGGCAUGAAGUGUAAUUACCCCUGGCCCAGGUCCGCUGGGUUACAAAUUGUCCUUCAAAUGGUGAGGAACUGGAAUGCUGCUAGGUUACCUCCUUCUCUGGCACCUGCGACUGUUCAUAUGCAAGCUGUCUGCUCUCCAUGGCACCGUGUUAAAUACACCAAGUACCCAGAGCUCUCGUUGUUUGUUCCUGCUUUUGUCAUCUCCGGUGUGUGCUCUCUUUGAGGUGGUUGUGUCAGUAGGAGGGGAACAGCCCGGGGAUCUGCACCGGGUGCCUGGCGCCGUGCAGAUGCGGAUCCGUUCUCUCAAAGUCUCGGUCCACGCGUGCGUUGGGAUCCAGCGGGCGUAGACCUUGCAGCACGCGCAGUCCGGUCUGCCCGCAUCACCCCUCACGUACCAAUGCUGGGAAGACUGAGACCUGUCUGUCUUUGACUUUUAUAAUUUUCUACCAAGGCAGCCAAUUUUCUUAAUUGCGUAAUGAGACUACGGUCUAUUUUUGUAUAACAAAAAAAAAAAAAAGCAUCUUUUUCUAAAACUGUGCCUCCCUUUUCCUUUUAGGCCAAGUGUUUCAGAACCUUUCCUGUCUUACAAUUGCAGUGUUACUGAAGCUCGUUGGAUAGUUACCCAGAGAAGUUAUUUUAUUACCUGUAAUGACCCAUAGGAGAGGAGGGGGCGGGGGGUGGGAAACGUGAUGCUUUCUUCUGUUUUUUUUUUUGUCUUACUUCCAAAGAAGCAGCAGCAGAAAACCAUUCUCAGAACAGGCGCCUGAGUGUGAGAGAAGCAAGGUAGCGUUUUCCCAUGCGGGUCACUUCCCCUGUUGUGCUUUAUCUAGCCAGCUUCUCGUUGCAGUCUUUCUUCUUGAUUUUUUUUUUCUUUUUUUUUUUGGACUCGAAGGGAACAUUUUUAAGAGUAUGGCCAGGGUGUGAGAAACACGCCAAAAAGCACAAAGGUGUCCUUUAACUCUGCUAUUUCUUUCUCUCCCCUCUCCCCUUUUAAUCCUGCCAGCCUGUGAGAUUUGACUUCUUCCCGCUUCCGUUUAUCUCAAAGUAAAGGAUUACUUUCCCGGGGCGUCUCCUUCCCUUGGAGGUUGCACUGAAGAGUCUUUCACCCUUUGAAGGAGCGGAAUGGCAGAGUUGAGGAGGGAAAACAGUUCCUUUACAAGAAGCAGUUUAUUUUUCCACCCAAAAAAAGUGGGUCCAUCUGCUGUAUUUAAAAAAAAGAUAUCCAUUGUAUCCAAAAUAUCCAUUCUGGCUCGGUUGUUCUUGCUGCGUCGCCCGGACAGGGCCACCACUUGGCUUUGUCGUUUGCCACGUCCCGAGUUUCUGUCCCUGCCGCGUUGUCCGCAGACGUCCAGCGCUCGCCAGGAUUUUGCCAUCCCGUUCUCCAAAGGGAAGCCUCGGGCUCGAGGGAGCUGCCUGCGCUCACGGCGCCUCUCUGGCCGUGCUCCACGGACAGCCACUGGAAAGCCACGUGUUUCUGCUGGCCCGCAAAACCCAAACUGUUCUGAAGCAGAGCGGUAAAGGAGAGGGGGGACGAGAUGUGAUCCCCAAGGAUCAUGGGGUCUGUAGGGUGAGAGCCCUGCUAGGAAGUCCAGAGAAGGCUCCCGGGGCCAGGGCACGCUUCGGGCUUCUCUCUUCCUCUCUGAACAAAGACCACCGGCGGUUAGGGAGCUCUCUGUCUUGCUUGUGUAACGCUGCGCCUCCAGCGCUUCCACCAGGGAGGGAAGGCUGGAAGAUGCGCGUGAAGGCGAGGAGCUUUUCUCCAGGAUUCUUUGUUCCUCCCAGCGGGGCAUCACACCUGGUGAGCACCCGGGUUCCGUGAGCAAGUGGCAGGAGGGAACAUCAGAUGGGCACCCACGUCCCUUGGAGCUUGAGCCUCGUGUAGGCUUUGACCUGAUUCCAACAAGCUCCCCGUAGCAGCGAAUUCAUGCGCUGAGGAGGAUCCCAGAGGAGCAGCGGGGUCUGCGUUCCCGCCAGCAUCGCUGCCAGGGGGCAUCGGGACAGGCACUGCGGAGCGCGGAGCCUCGCUGUCCGGGGUCUGUGCGGGAUCCAUCGCUGCGAAGCCCACCGGGUGCCAGAUCCGCGAGCAGCAUCGCUGGCUGGAGCUCACAUUAAUCCAGCGGUGAUGGUGCUGAGCUCCACCGGAACGUGUGCCAUCGGGCAGCGCCUGCCCAUCGCGUCCCGGGCUCGCGGCAGGCAGCGGGGUUCGGUGGGACUGCGUCCACCUGGGACCGAGAGGCGAGUUGGGCGAGGGGCUAGAAACUCGACCGGCAGGAGAGGCAGCGGCUCCGUAACCAAGACGAGUCGGUUCUUCCACGGAAACACUUCUCGUUCUGACCCUUAAUAUUUUGAAUGGGGUUUUUUGCUUUUGGGGAUCGGGGGGUGGGGGAGUAGAGAUGGAUCUCAAUCUUUAUACAUCUGCUAUAAGAUAUUUUUGCAAACAGAGUUGUAUACAAAGAUGUAUUGUGUACAUUUACAUGUAUAUUCUGGAACUUCUAAAAAUUUGAAUAUAAAACUGAAAAUAUUUAAUGAAUAUCCAAACUGUGAGACCCAAUUAGCAUUCAACAACUUUCUGCUUCACUUUUCUUUUGGACUGUGUUAAAGAAUUGUAGUCGAAUCUGCCUUUUUUUUUCUUUUUAGAGAUUACGAAGCUAGGCAAAUUUUGUGCUUUUUGGGUUAAUAGAAACCAGUUCUAGGUGAUUAAGUAUGAUCUUAACUUAUUGAUACUGUGUUUUACUUUGUAAUAUUGUACUGUGGAUAAAACUAUAUUGAGCCAUGGAGUUGGAGUUUACAAAAGAGCUUUUCACUUUGCCAAAAUGUUACAAUUUAAAGGCAGCAUAGUCUUCAGCUUUCCUAAUCUUUUCUUAAGAGCUAGUGUCCUUUUUUGUACACUAAAAAGCUGAAUGCUGAUUUUGCAACAUAUAAUAAAUUCACUGUAUUGGAAAACAAGCAAACAAUAA